GGACCUUCUUCGCCCCCUUUCCCUCCAUCACGCCUUCCCUUGCGCGCCCGCCGCCUCCCUUCUCCCUUCGCCUGCCUCCUGCUCCCUCCCUGUGCCUCUCUCGCCCCUUCCCUACUCUGUGCCGGCCGUGUGCGCGUGCGCGCUCAAUGGUCGCCCGACCGCCUGGUGAUCGACCGACCGGACGCCAGCGGGCUCGUCCACGAUGGCGACUUCGUGAUGAUCCCGGCACCGACCGGGCCCUCCUGGCUGCCGUCCAUUCCCACUUCGCCAUGGCGCGGGUGUUGAAGCGGCGUGAGCGUCUCGCCUGCGCACGCCGGGCGGCCGUCUGCGCGCAACUGCUGUCGCGCAUCGAAUCUUACGCCAUCGGCUCCGAUGGCGCGCGUCCGGCGGCGUACCUCUCCCUCCCGGAUGCCAUUCCCUUUUUGACGUCCCUUUCCGGGGACACAGCCGAUCGGGACAUUCCACUCGGUUUGUCCGAGGCCGAGAUCGACGCCGAGCUGGCCUUCAGUGGCUUGACCAACCCGAGCCCGAAUGACUUGCUUGUUCCUACAUCUCAAUUCCGGCGUGACAUCGAGGGCAUCCGGCAAAAGAUCCAACCGCGCCCCCGGAUCAAUGUUUUUGACGAGCUUGUGACGAUCGACAACGAGGAUGUCGCCUCGGCAGCAGCCGCCGCGGCCUCUCGGAUCUCCUCGGCUUGCUUGCUGUCUCCGCCGGCAGGCAUCCAUCCGCUGGCCUUCCAGGGGAUGAUGGAGGCUGCCAAGGGCCAGGCCCCGGGGUCUGCUCCACUGCGGCCGACAUCGGCACCCCCUGAGACGCCGAGGCUCAGCCGCAACCCCGGAGCCGGGAUGAUUCCGCUGCCCACGCCCUCGGCGCAUGUCAGCCUCAGCCCACGAUCCCGACACCUUGCCAAUCGGGCAGCCGCCGCUGCCGCCGCUGCUGCCGCCGCCGCUGCUGCCGCCGCCGCCGCCGCCGCCGCCGCGGCGAAUGCAGUGGACGGGGCCACCAGGAGUGGGCCGUCCAAAGACCCAAGUCGCGAUGCCUCCCCCAGUCCCGGGCCCGGUGGCCCGGCCGAGGGGUCUUCCCCGGCGCCGCUCGGCAGCUCGGGCGAUGUUUGGCCCCAGAAGCCGUGCGACCGGGGCUCCCCUGCUGGUGAUCGUGCUGCCGAGGGGGAUGCCCCAGGCACCGCGGCGGCCCCCCCUCGAGGUGAUGCUGGCCGGGCCCGACCGGCGCGACUGGCUGCAUCGGCUGCCACCGCUUCGGCCCCGGGCUCUCCGAGCCGUGCGGCGCGCCCGGCUCCCCGGCGUCGAGGAGACUCACGGUCGAAUAUGCUGAUUUCGCACAAUGUCGAUGAGAGCAUCCCACCGGCUCGGCUGGGGUCUGCUUACGACCCGCUCCUCCAGGACCAGGGGGCUGAUGAUGCCAUGGCCGAGCGUCCUGCUGGGGCGCGGGCCGACCGGGCAACCAGCGUGUCAGCCGCUGCCGCCCCGGCCACCGGAGACUUGUCCCUGUCCGCCGGGCAGUCGCCCGGCAGUGAGGGCGGCUCCCUGGCGGAGACGGUCCUGGUGAGCGAGGACCAUGACAGUCACGCUCAGGAGCCGGUUCCAUCGAGGUUCUACGCCACGCGCAAGGUGAUCGUCGGGAGCAUGGCCCGGCAGCUGACCCCAGCCGAGGCAGCCGACCUGAGUCUGACCUCGGUGGACCCGCAGGUGGUGGCUGCCGGGUUGCCGCUUUUCAAGUGGACGCUCUACGUCCGGGGCACGCCCGAGGACCCGGACUUGGGCUUCAUCGACUCGGUGCGGUUUUUCCUGCACCCGUCCUUCGCACCGGAUGACAUUGUCGAGUGUGCGCGGCUGCCUGUUCCGCCGGGCUCGACCAUGCCAGUCCAGGCGACCGGCGUGGACACCGGGCCGCUGCGGGCCAACCCCACCCGCCGGGCGCCCUUCAAACUGACGCGCUACGGCUGGGGCGCCUUCCCGGCCCGGGUGCGUUUGAGUCUUGCCUCGGCUUCGGUCGAUGAGCCUGGCAAGGCGGUGGACAUCGUCCACAUGCUGCAGUUGGACCCGCAAAAAUGCGGCAUCGCCACCCGGCCGACGCGCACCGGCAAGAGUCGUCUACUUGUGGAGAAGGAGUAUUUGAUCGAGGUGGACCGGCGCUUGCUGGACCCGGCCCCAGGGACCAGGGCUGGCGUGGGUGCCACUCGGGCACGCGGCCGGCCCCCAGCCAGCGCAAGCAAGCCCCCGGGACCAAGGGUGUCGGGCUCGACUCGGCGCGACUCCUCCACCACCCAUGGUCCGGUGGCCGGGGUCCCUGCCGGUUCUCCGGCCAUGCCGGCCCGCCAGCCGAUGACCACCCGGCAGGACACCUUCUGCCAGGCGUGUGGUCUGGUGCUGCCGGAUCUCCCGGCUCACGGCUCCACUGCCGCGUCCAAGCACCAGUGUCCCCCCUCGGCCCUGUUGGAUGCCUGGCUGCCGGUGGGCCUGAACGGCCUGGAGGCCCGGCUGGCCCAACUCGAGUCGCAAACCAUCGCCCUGGCCCAGGAGCCGGCCGAUCGAUCGGGCGAGGAGGAUCUCGAUGUGGACAUCCUGGAUGACGAUGCCGAUGGCGCCCGAGGCAAUGACCUUGGGUCGCCGUCGCAUUGCGGCGACCGGUCGCUUGCGGCCGAGCAGUCAGCCGCAGCCGGGCAGCAGCCGAUCCAGUCGCCCGGCGCCCCUGCCGGGCGUCCCUUCUCCACGGCGGCGGCUCGGUUGCUGGCCACGGCUGCCCUGCUGGCCUCUCGGCGCUUGGUGGAUGCCUCGGUCGAGCAGUUGCGCACGGACCGGAGCCAUGACGCUGGCACUCGGGCCUCUGGCGUCCUGACCUCGGCGCAUGUGGCUCGUGGGCUACUCCGGUGCGGGCCGCUGGCCAUGCUGGCCUGGCCGGCGCUCGGGACCGCCACACUGGACCCGGGGUCUCCGCGUCCGGAGUCCCGCACUUCCGGAGCCGAUGACUCGGAUUCCCGCCGGUAGCGCGAGUGCCCCGAGCUUUUGUGCCACCCAGUGCACAGUGUUGGCCAAACAUGCGGUCCUGCAUGCGUGCCCCUGCCUCCUCCUCUCCUGGUGCUUUCCCCCCACCGCCUCUCUUCACAUUUCCCGGGCGCCCCAUGCCCCGCGGGCGUCCCCCCCCC